AUGAACGCCGAGAUGUUUUGUGACGUCUACGGUCAUGCGCCUACCGUACGCGUCUUUUGCCCGGGACACCUGAAUCUCAUCGGUGAACACAUAGCAGAACAUGGAUUUGGAACCAUUGCAAUGGCAACCGACACGGGCACAGAAAUCCUUGGCCGCUUUGAACGAUCGAGCAGAAAUCCGUCUUGUGAACACAGACGAGGAAUACAGAACGCAAAGCCGUUCCGUAAGAGCGCUCGGUGGGGACAGCAGUUAUACAAGGUUUCGGAUGCUGAACUCCCA